GCCCCAGUUGGGGUCCUGCCGUGGAACAGCACCCCUCCAGGCUGUGCGCCUCCCCCGGGACCCUCGCGGGCGAUGGCGGUGCAGAUGCGGAACAAGGACUCAUCCCGCUGCCUGCUCCUACUGGCCGCGGUGCUGAUGGUGGAGAGCUCCCAGCUCGGCAGCUCGCGGGCCAAGCUCAACUCCAUCAAGGCCUCCCUGGGCGGGGAGACGCCUGCCCAGGCCGCCAAUCGAUCUGCGGGCUUAUACCCAGGACUGGCUUUCAGCGGCAGUAAGAAGGGCAAAAACCUGGGGCAGGCCUACCCCUGCAGCAGCGACAAGGAGUGUGAGGUGGGCAGGUACUGCCACAGCCCGCACCAGGGCCCCUCGGCCUGCACGGCGUGCCGCAGGAAGAAGAAGCGCUGCCACCGCGACGGCAUGUGCUGCCCUGGCACCCGCUGCAACAACGGCAUCUGCAUCCCAGUGACAGAGAGCAUCCUGACGCCUCAUAUCCCGGCCCUGGAUGGCACCCGGCACCGAGAGCGGAACCACGGCCACUACUCGAACCACGACCUGGGCUGGCAGAACCUAGGAAGACCACACACGAAAAUGUCACACAUGAAAGGGCAUGAGGGAGACCCCUGCCUCCGCUCCUCGGACUGCACGGAAGGGUUUUGCUGCGCCCGCCACUUCUGGACCAAGAUCUGCAAGCCCGUGCUGCACCAGGGGGAGGUCUGCACCAAGCAGCGCAAGAAGGGCGCACACGGGCUGGAGAUCUUCCAGCGCUGCGACUGCGCCAAGGGGCUGGCGUGCAGAGUGUGGAAGGACGCCAGCUACCCCUCCAAGGCCAGGCUCCACGUGUGCCAGAACGUCUGACCGCCGCCCGCGGGCCACCCGCGCACCCGAGCGGCGUGCCCAGUGUGUUACACACAGCGGGGGCCAGAGGAGCUCAGCGGGACGGCAGCGUCAGAGCUGGCCAGAACGGGAGGAAGAGAGAAGCGGGGGUGGAAGGGGCCAGGACGUCGCCGGCCGACACGUUUCUGUGACGCAGGCCACUUAUGUAAAUAGCGUACAUGCUCGUGGCAGUGACAUUACUGGAGGAAAGAGCACAUGGUGGAAAGCAUGAGAGCAUGGCAGUGACUUCCCAGGGGCUGGUGGUCCUGGGGACAUGGCCCUUCAGGUUGGUGACUGCCUCUGAAAAUAGCCAAAAAGCCAUAUUUCUAGUUUGUUACAGCGUCACACAAAGAGCCCCACACCCUGGCAUCUGAGAGGCUCUGGACCAGGACGCCCAGUGCCAAAGCACGCAUGGCACCGUCCAUGUGCCACCGGCAGCAGCCUGCCGUUUCUCCUGUGGAACCCUCCUCUGCUGCCCACUCAAAAAAAAAAAAAAAAAAGCACCCUGGUAAGCCCCUCUAACCCCCUGAAUAAAAAGAAGCCAAGGCCUAUAGAAAAUCUGGUUUGCCCUCCAACUGCCCACUCACAUUUCUCAAGAAUUUAGGUUGCCCGCUGGCAGAGCACCCACUCGGGCUGACAGUAGUGAGCUGUCUCGGCGCGGCCCAGUGCGCCUGCGCUUGUCCACGCACGGCGCCCCAUGCGGUGUGCAGUGUGGAGGCGGCACAGCUUGUGACAGGAAGACCGUGUUGUUGAAGUCCUGGCAUCCCCUUGGCUACAACUAGCAGCUGCACGUGUCCUCACAGCCCUGCAGGCUGGCAGGGAGGGCUGGCACAGCGAGACGCAGUCCCAAGCGACGGCACAGGGGCAUGGGAGCUCAGGCAGCAGGCACGUCUCCUGAGGGAGCAGGUCGCCUUCUCUAUGGCAGCCUGCCAGCCGGCUGCAAAAAACUCUCUGCGGGAUUGGCGUUACACAUUUACCACGCAGAGGAGCGCAGUGUGAGGUCCCAUGACCUCAGACAGCUGUUACGGGUGAGGCCCUAAGCAGAGCUCGCUGUGAGGCACAACCCAGGGCCGUGGGACAGUCAGGCCCCACAGCCUCCGUCAGCCCAGCUGUCAGCCUCAGACCAUCCCCGCAGCAGCUACUUACUGCCAAAGACACAGUUUGUUCCUGCAGCCACUCUGAUUGAAAAUACAAAUGAAGUGACUUACGAAGUCUACAUAUGUCACUCUGUAGAAGUCACAGGUUCUAAAUUCCUUGACACCAACUUAUUAUCUUUUAAUUUACUCAGUUUGAAAUAUUAUGUCUAGAGCAUAAAGAAAAGGUCUCUUGCAGUUAUCACUUUUCCUACUUUCCUUUUAGGCUGCAAGACACCCCUUAACGUUCUUCUAACCCAUCUGCUGUGUCCAACUCGAGUCCCCCAAGUAGAAACUGGACCUGGGCCCGCAGGCCUGUUGGGUCCAGCUUCCCGCACACACCGAGGGUGGAGUAGACUGACCGUGUCCCCACACGCCUGCUCAGCGAGUCACAAGCUGACUGAGCAAGGUCCAAGUCUGCCCUGAUAGGUCUCGCUUGGCUUGGCGACGUGAACAUGGGCAUUUCAGCCCGCUGCUUCCUACGUAGCGGUUCCAUGUACAGUCUGGUUUCUGCAUUUUCUUCCUUAUGUACAUCCCUUCCAAAGUUAUUAUUUGAAGUAAUUUAUU